UAUUCACAAGAAAAUCGCGCCAACUUAAAUGUCACAGUCAAUCCGUUGUUUACUUUCUACACUUUGAACAAGAGAAUUUUUUAAAAACCUGAUAGAAAUGAAGGAAAAAGAGUGCCCAGUUCAACAAGCCUACGAUCCGGAAAUACUUCCCGAUUUGCUGCCCUUGUAUUAUAAGCGAUUGUUUCCUCAUGCACCAUACUAUCGGUGGUUGUCUUAUGGGAAUGUUGACUCGUCUGUUUUCACACAUCGAGAGUUUUCAUUUACGCUGCUGGGAGACAUUUAUCUGAGAUAUCAAUCGUUCGAAAAUCAAUCCGAAUUUAUGGAAGAAUUAUGUUCAAAGAAUCCUACAAAAUUUGACAUAGGUCCUGUGAUGACUGUUCGUCCACGUGAUCAUAGAUCCGUGCCGACGAUGACACCAACCCAACGUGAACUGGUUUUCGAUAUUGACAUGACUGAUUAUGAUGAAGUACGAACGUGCUGUUCUGGUGCUAAUGUCUGUGCAAAAUGCUGGAAAUUUAUGAGUAUUGCUUGUCGAAUAUUGGACAUUGCUUUAAGAGAGGAUUUUGGAUUCGAGCACAUUCUGUGGGUGUUCAGUGGUCGACGAGGUAUUCACUGUUGGGUCUGCGAUGAAACCGCACGACGCCUAGACAACAAAGGAAGAUCGGCUGUAGCCGAAUAUCUAACAUUGGUGAAUUCGGGAGAAGUGUCACGGGUGAACAUUGGCGAGAAGAUGCAUCAUAGCGUCCGUCGGGCAUAUCGGAUCGUCGAAUCACUGUUUGACGAGGUGAUCCUACACGAACAAAACUUCUUCGCAACGGAGAAAGGACUCGCAUUUCUGGUGAAAAGUGUAACGGACGACGAAAUACGAAAAGAUUUGGAUGUGAAAUUGAAAGCGCAGGAAAAUAAUUCGCCGGCGAUUUGGAAUUGUUUCGCAAAUUACAUGUCUGGAUUGAAACAUCGUGGCUCUCUACCGCGUAAACUGCAAAAUAUCGUGGAAGAAAUACAAAUUGCGCUGCUGUAUCCGCGUUUGGACGUCAACGUUACCAAAGGGAUGAACCAUUUGUUGAAGUCACCGUUCUGUGUCCAUCCUGGAACUGGUAAAGUCUGUGUUCCCAUCAAUCCGGCUGCGGUCAGCAAAUUUGAUCCGACCAAUGCUCCAACGAUAACACAAAUUCUUGAAGAAAUUAGUGCCUUCGAUGAGAAAAACACACAAACGCAAGGAGCAGCGGAAGCAAAUAAAAUCAAGGACUAUAAAAAAACCAGCUUGUCAAAGGGCCUGUUUGUUUUUGAAGAAUUUGUGAGAAAAUUGGAAGCGUCUGUGAAACCAAGAACUGCUCAAGAAGAGUUUUGAAUUUGUAUUGGAUUCUGUCACAUCUGCUGAAAUAAAUGCAAAGUUUUUCUGUCUCAA